GGCAACUCCUCCACGAUGAACAACCCUGCUAAAGUCAGUGAGGACGAACCCGUACAACAAUUAGCCGGGAGAAAGGAGGGCCAAAGGGAUCUUCCGUUUGAUGGCUUCAAUGAAGUUUUGAUAGGAGACCCCCCACCUAUGGUGGUCAAGUCAGUGGCAGCCCAGACGGAAGAGAGAUUUGAGUGGAGCAGCCUGGAUGGUUGGCUGAGACCCAGAGCUCAAGAUGGGAUGCAGUCCCUCAGCAAAGGCACCCAGACAGAAGCUCCAUGUACAGACAAUGAAGAUCGACAUUAUUUCCAGCCUAGAAGACAUCGUGAUACAGUCUACAUGUUGAAGGUGGCUGAAAGUUCUGAGAAGAUGAUUCAGCAAGGCUUGAGAGAAUUAUUUGGUGUCCUGAAGAUCCUAGUUUAUGUACCCAUCAUUUUCACAGUAGAGUUGUUCCAUUUUCUCAACAAAUCCAUAUUCCAGGAUUUCACCAUGGUUGUGGCUGUUCGGCAGGUCGUUUUGUACCUGUCCCUGUGGACCGUCUGUGUUCUGAGCAAACCCACCGAGAAGAAGGAUCGCAUCCACCAUGAGCCUCAGCUCAGCGACAAGGUCCAUGAUGACGCACAGAACUUCGACUAUGACCACGAUGCCUUCCUGGGUGCAGAUGAGGCCAAGACCUUUGACCAGCUGACGCCAGAAGAGAGCAAGGAGAGGCUGGGAAAGAUUGUAAGUAAAAUAGAUGAAGACAAGGACGGGUUUGUAACUCCCGAAGAGCUAAAAGACUGGAUUAAGUUUGCCCAAAAGCGCUGGAUUUACGAGGAUGUAGAGCGCCAGUGGAAGGGGCACGACCUCAAUGAGGACGGGCUCAUUUCCUGGGAAGAGUAUAAAAAUGCCACCUACGGCUACAUCUUAGACGACCCCGACCCCGACGAUGGCUUUAACUACAAGCAGAUGAUGGUGAGAGAUGAGCGGAGGUUCAAGAUGGCCGACAAGGACGGCGACCUGAUUGCUACCAAGGAAGAGUUCACUGCUUUUCUGCAUCCUGAAGAAUACGAAUACAUGAAGGAUAUAGUUGUGCAGGAAACAAUGGAGGACAUUGACAAGAACGGAGAUGGCUUCAUCGACUUGGAAGAAUACAUAGGUGACAUGUACAGCCACGACGGCGACGCCGAAGAGCCCGAGUGGGUGAAGACGGAGCGAGAGCAAUUUGUAGAGUUCCGGGACAAGAACCGCGACGGGAAGAUGGACAAGGAGGAGACCAAGGACUGGAUCCUCCCCUCGGACUACGAUCACGCCGAGGCGGAAGCACGGCACCUCGUUUACGAGUCAGAUCAGAACAAGGAUGGCAAACUCAGCAAAGAAGAAAUUGUGGACAAGUACGACUUGUUUGUGGGCAGCCAGGCUACGGACUUUGGGGAAGCCUUAGUACGACACGACGAGUUCUAAGCCAGAGAAGAGGAAAAGAGGAAGAAAGUAAUUUAUUUUUUACGGUUUCCGGAAUAACGCGAGGAACUCUCUCACUACUGAGACUGGCAGUUUCAGGCAACAACGUGGAAAAACGAGAAGAACCUUCUCCCGUCCUUCCUUUGCUACUUGUUCCCGUAGGGAUGGGAGCUCAGUGUUUUGACAAGCAACUUUUAACUUGCAACAAAUGGGUUGUUUUGUUUUAUAGAUUUGCAUUUUGGAUUUUAAUUUUUUUUUUUUUUGGUCUAACAAGCUCUGUUUUAUUUUUGUAUUUUAUUUUUGACCCGUGUGAGAUGAAGAAUGCAUAUCCUGAAACGUUAGCCCUAGAGCAGCACUAGUUCUCCCUAACUGACCUCCCCCUGUGAGUGUGUGUGUAUGUGCCUAGCUACAAAAUCCAAUCGCAGAAUGCCAGAGAACAAGGAGGGCCGUGGAAAAACACAUGAGAAAGCUUCAGUGUUCUGGUUUUUUUUCCCUAUUACUGUUUUGAACCGAUUGCCUCCAGCCCAUCUCUAAGGGCCUAGCGGAGAAUUUCGACUGCAGAUGCUUCCAGUUCAAUCUUACUACUGUUACCCUCUUCAGUGAAAGAGAUUUUCCCACAAUGCACCUCCCACACCUGAGUUAGGAAGGUUUGCCAAAGGCUGUACGUUAUGGCACCCUUCAACAAGAGGCGUUGUGGCCUCUCUGCUUCACCCCAAGUAUUAAUUCCUGUUGCUUCUGCUGCCCCCAGGAGCUGGGAUCAUCCAGCCCCCUUGCAGAUGGGGUAGAACACUUUGGCCAGUGCUGCUACAACCCUCCAUUCAGGGCAUCCCCCCCCACCCCAAGGACUUGGUUAUGAAAGCCAAAUCACCUCCACCUUUUAUCCUCCUGGUUCAGUUUUCUGCUCGCCUGGGCCUGCCUCUGCUUAGAGCAUCGAGCAGCUGGUGCCUCAAGGCAGGGCACAGUGGGCGAAUGCCGUACGGGCAUCAAGCAGGCCAGGAGAAUAAUGUGGCAGUUGGAUGCACGUGGAAGUCCUUCAUUUUUGAAGUGCCUUUACCUUACCUUUUUUUAAAAAUCAGGCUUCCCUGCCAAAAAGGAACCCCGGUGCAAAAACGUGCGUCUAAAAGUAGAGAGGGAAUCUCUGUCCUUUAUGCAAAAUGCAUGGCAAAUUCAGCAGCAGCGUGCAGUAUUAAAGAUCUUCCCCCAAGCAGUGUUCUGAUCUCCCGGUGGGCUUCUAAGCCCCCAGCUGCCUAGUCUGCCUGGGUGAGGGCCUUCUCCUUAUCUCAAAGAAGGCAAACCCCACGCCCUCUCUUCUUCCUCUCGGGUCCCAAGGUGCAACGUGGGAUCUCGGCCUUUUGAAGCUGACGCUUGUACGAGGGUUGUUGCCACCCCUCUCUCAAGCUGAGAACAGUUCCCAUUCUAGGACCAGUUUGCUGGGUUUGCUCAUGCAGGUUUCCUGGGUCCAACCUGCCAGGAAUAGCUCCCCCUGCAAGCCCAUUAAAUGAAAACGUGAUCAGUGCUCAGCACGACUGCUGGGACCUGGUCCCAGGCUUUCAGGCCUGUCUUCCUCAGCCUGCUGCUCUCCAAAGGUUUUGCGUGACAGUCCCAGAGCUUUUCAUCCAAAAUGUCUGGAGGGCAGCAAGCUAAGAUAGGCUGUUUUUAUGCGCUAAGGACACCUCUCUCUGCAAGCCCCUUGAACACUAAAGGCCACCCUUUCCCUCUGGCCUGCACUAAUAACUCUCAUAAUCACGAGUGGUUUGGUAAAGUUUCCCCGCCCCCAAAUUUCCUUUGAGCCAGGACAGAUACAAUCUUCAAAACACUACCUACACCCGUCAGUUCCAACUAACCUCUUCCUUUUUAGUUAAUAAACUCGGUGCCGUGGACAGGAAAGCAAUGUUUGUGAAACCAGGCGUUGGAAGAAUCCAGGGUUUCGUAAGAUCGGUGUGUUGUGUGGCUGGGCUUCCGCUCCUAACGAAACAGCAGGGCAUUCCUCAUUUCCCAGUUUCAGGAAAGGAGAUGCAUCCUGUUCCGAACAAGGUGAACAAAACACCUGUAGAGGACCUCAGCCCCAUUUGCUUGGCCACAGAGAAUGGAGAGAGGGGCGGCGAGUUUAUGAAAUAUUGCUUCUUGCCCAGAUGUGAAGAGUGGAGUGGGGAAAGGGGAAACUCUUGCCAGUGUUGGCUUCCCGGCUUCUUUGUCGAACACUAAAGAAGGUGCAUCUCUGCACCACAAUUGCAUUUGUCUUCCCACGCUUGCAUUUUUUUCACUCUGAAGCAAAAGCCCCCUCCUCUCCCCUGUAGACUAUGUCCCACGAACACCCCCGGAAAUUCUGACCUACAGAUUUGGCAGGGAGGAGAGGGGGUGUUUGCUUGUGUGCGCAUGCAACACAGCUGGCUCUGUUGGUGUGACCGAUACCGGGAGCAGGUUCCUUCAGGGGACGUAUGCCUGCGAUCCUGCUUUUUAGCACUGAUGAGCCAGAGUUUCAGGGGUGCUGCUGUGCAGGUGUGUGCUGUUAAAAAAA